GCGCUGCACCGGGCUCAUUAAGAAGAAGAGCCCUCGUCCCCAUAGAGACAGGCUCCCUCAAACAGGGCUGCCCGUCAGAGCCGCCAGUCCUCCCCGAGAGGAGACAGCAGCCUCGGGUGGUAUGACACGGCCGGCCUUUGGAUAUUGAUAAUUCCGGGCGGUUGCCAGUCUAUUAUUGGAUUAACGACCACCGAGCCGCAGCUUUCACCCUGAGAGGCCGCGGGUUUGUGUCGCCGGGGCCAGGGAGGAGUCCUCCCGUUAUUCCGCCGUCAUCCGACGCUGCAGGCCAGCAUGUCGGCGUGCUAACAACACGGCCACCUCGAAGCUGCGGAGAGAGGGAGAGAGAGAGAGAGAGAGGACUCGAUGCUCUCGUAGAUGAUGGAUGUGGAGGUGAGCGCUGGCAGGGGCAGCACCUGGAGGAGAGCGGCAGCAGCAGAUGAUGAGGAGGAUGAUGGAGGAGGAGGAGGAGGAGGAGGAGGCACGGAGGCUCAGGUCGUACUGCCGGAGCUCUACGACUCUGCCAGGGCCAAAAUAGACGCAAAUCUUCGCUGGUUGUUUGCCAAAGCCUAUGGCAUAGACAACAUCCCUGCAGACCUGCGAGACCCCUUCUACACUGACCAGUAUGAGCAGGAACACAUCAAGCCCGCCAUCCUCCACCUGCUGCUGUCCGCAGAGCUCUACUGCCACGUGUGCGGCCUCAUCCUGCACGCCGAGCAGGCUGCCUCGCUCCAGAGCCACCAGUCCGUCAUCCAGGCCCUGUCCAGGAAAGGCAUCUACGUCCUGGAGGCUGACAACACGCCUGUUUCUGAACUAGACCUCAGCUCCGCCCCCGUGAAGAUGAGCUCCCACAUCCACCUCAUUGAUUCCCUGAUGAUGGCCUAUACGCUGGAGAUGGUCAGCGUGGAGAAGAUUGUGUCCAGUGUCAAGCGAUUCUCUAACUUCAGUGCCUCCAAGGAGCCGUUUGACCUGGAAGACGCCAUGGUCUUUUGGAUCAACAAGGUGAACAUAAAGAUGAGGGCGAUCACGGAAAAGGAGCUGAAAAUGAAGCAACAUCUGCUGGAGUCGUCCAGUCAGCAGAAGUCUCCCUCCAAAUGGUAUUGGAAGCUUGUACCUGUGCGAUACCGUAGAGAUCACCUGUCAGGUCGGACCCUGCAGCACUUCCCGCUGUUGGAAGACUUGCUGAAGGAUGUGUGUGACGGCACGGCUCUGCUGGCUGUCAUCCACUUCUAUUGCCCAGAACUCAUUCGACUGGAAGAUAUCUGUCUGAAGGAGGUUCCUUCCAUCGCAGACAGCAUGUACAACAUUGAGCUGCUGAGGGAGUUUUCUAACGAGCACCUGAACAAAUGCUUCUACCUGAAGCCUGAGGACAUGCUGUAUUCUCCUCCUGUCCUGAAGACUAACGUGAUGGUCUUCAUUGCUGAGCUUUUCUGGUGGUUUGAGAGUGUGAAGCCAGACUUUGUGCAUCCCAGGGACCUUCAGGAAAUCAGAGAUGUGAGAUUGCUGCUACAGCCUAAAGGUUCUCGAUCACACGUGCCGAUCUCCAACGUCACAAAACGUAGCUUCCUGACAGCAUCGAACUCUGCCGAUGUCUUGACCGUGCCCCCAAGUCCUGACCUCAGCACUAAACAAAUCUCCCCCUCUCACUCUUUACUGCCCCUGAGACAGAGACAACAUAAGGUAUCCGAGGAGAUGACCUCAGAGCUGAGAAAUAGGUCCAACUCUAUGAUGCGUCCCGAUGGUUCAGUAGCGGCCUGGCCAGACAGGAGGCCGAGGCCUUUAUCCCAGCCAGUGCCCUAUGCCCUGCAUUUUCCCAUGGAGGACGAUCCAGACAGUAUCAGCCUCGCUCGUUCCAUCAGCAAAGACAGCUUGGCCUCGAACAUCAUGAGCAUGACCCCCAAACACAUGCUGGGGUCAGGCGCUCAUCUGUCUCACCACAGACUCAGUGGUCAGAGCCUUCUUAGUCACAUGCGCAUAGAAGAUGAAGAGGACGAAAUCGAAGAGGAGGAACUUGUCGCCGUGAUUCACCCUUAUGCAUUCGCUCGACGUCAACUCGGGAGUGACAUGGAACUAGAUGAGCUGGAAAUCGAAGGUGCAGCCUCCUCCACCUCGAAGGUUGCUGAUGCUCGUCGCCCUCCUCGCCUUAACGCUGGUGGUUUCAUUCCGGACCGUCAGGCGGACAGCUACUAUCUGGAGCCUUUGAUGCCUGCCAUCCCCAAGCCAGCCAAAGAGAAGAGCAUCAGCCUGAACAAGCAGGAAGAAAGUGGCGAAGGUCGCUGCAGACCGGCAGCACAAGCAGCUGCAAGGAAAGCAGCCAGCAUUUUCCCAAGCACCUCACAGAAAAAAUCCCCCUUGGCUGAGUCAAGUAGAAGUACCUUCACCCCCAUUCCUGUUGUAGAAUCAGUGCAUAGCCCUAUCAGGCCGCCCACUGAGGGGUCGAUAGGCGUCUCUCUGUGUGGGAAGAAACAGUCCCAAGGCUUUUUCCUUCAUUCGUCAGCAGAUUCAGACCACCACAGUCCCUUCUCCUCCACGCUGGAGGUAGGGUACGACUCUGACUCAGACAUCGCAGACCUCGAGGAAGACGAGGAGGACGACGAUCAGAUGGAGCUAAGCAGAGAAGUGAUGAAGAGAGGAAAGGGAAAGUGCGCAGAGGAGGGCGAGGUGUGUGAGUUUGGAGAGGGCGAGUCGGCCAAGCUGAGAGAGGACUCCAAGGUGAGCGAGCGGGACGAUAAGGAAGGCGGCAGUGGCCGCUCGAGCCCCUGCCUCAGUACCAUAUCCUGGGCAAGCAGCUGCAGCGCUACUGGCAGCGCCAGUGUCAAGAUGACCAGCUUUGCAGAGAGAAAGCUCCUUAAACUUGGCCUCCGGGAUGGAUUUUCGAGUACCAGCAGCUCCCAGAAGACCACGCCAGAUGGCUCUGAGCUAAACCCCUGCCCUCCCUGGCAACUGAAGACUGACUGCACCGCCAGUUUGCUCGGGAAGGAGCCUGGUUCUGUGUUGGGCAAUAAUCUGAUGGGAAGUCUCCCGGUUGUGCCUUCGGAGGUGCUGCAACUUCACAUGCAGCUCGAAGAGCAGAGACGUGCAAUAGAGUAUCAAAAGAAAAAGAUGGAGACCCUGUCGGCUCAGCAGAGACUAAAGCUGGGGAAAGCUGCGUUCUUGAACAUUGUGAAGAAGGGCGGAGGAAAGAGCGAGACUCUACCUCUUCCCCUGAAACGCUCCCAGGAAUCCUCAGAACUAACAGCUGCUGAUAGGAAUAAGUUGAAGACACAGUCGUGGAAGGAUGACUCCUGUCUCGAUGCGCUGAAGGUUCAAGCAAAGCUAGGUCUACCAGAGAGGGGACAGACGGACAGAGACAACAAACUGAACACCCUAACUCAAGAUAACGGGGCUGAACCCGCCUCCAAGGAGUAUUCCCGUUCCAUAGAUCUACUCAACGAUGCCAUUAGUUCCAUUCAGCAGCAGAUGAUGCACCUCUCGCUACAGCAGGACCUGCUGAUGAAGCAGAAUGUGGCCUCGCCUCCAGAACACGUAGAGUCCAGCCCUAACACAACCCCCGACACGACACAAGCGGCACCCUCUACCUCAGACUCCAGAUCUUUUGCGGUCCACUUUGUAGAUAUCAGUGGCGGCAAUUCUUCUCCUGUCUGCCGUCCUCCCAGGCUCAGCUCCAGCCAACGCAGCAAAGCCUCGGAGAGAAAACAGAAUCACGAGAACAGCAAGAUGGCCGCCAUCAAGCUUGAUAGUCAGCCCUCAGAGUGUGCACCCUCUCCUUGUGAAAGUACCGGAGUAAACCAGGAGACAGGAGCUACUGUGGAGAGGCUAGUGAGAAACAUUCAGAGAAAGAGCACAUUCAAAGUCCACGGUGGCACAGAAGAAGGAACUGUGCGCCUCCAAUACGAACCCCAGUCCCAGGACUCAACAGUCAUUUCCAGUCCAUCCAUAAGUCUCUCGCAGGCUGCAGAACAUGGACAGGACAAAGCUGACAACUCAGGAAAAGAGGCUUUGGACAGAGACGAGAGCGCCAGGGUCAAAGGUCAACUGAUUGAGGUCGACCUGUCGGAGCUUAAGGACCCACCGGAGGAUGGCAGUCCAGAUGUCACAGAUUGCGCAGCAGAGAGCGAGCCGAAGAACGUGUUGGGCUUCUUCUUUAAGGAUGACGAGAAGGCAGAGGAUGAAAUGGCGAAACGUCGCGCCGCCUUCCUCCUCAAACAGCAGCGCAAAGCUGAAGAGACGAGACUACGCAAACUGCAACAAGAAGCUGAGAGCGAGCUCAAACGCGAUGAGGCCAAGCGUAAGGCAGAAGAGGAUCGCGUUCGUAAGGAGGAAGAGAAGGCACGACGAGAGCUGAUCAAACAGGAAUACCUGCGGAGGAAGCAGCAAGAGCUGCUGGAAGAGCAGGGACUGGUCAAGCCCCGCCCACGGACGAAAUCUCGCAGGAACAGGCCGAAAUCGCUUCACCGCGAAGAGUUUAACUGCCUCUCCAAAGGAUCCAUGACACGUAAUUCUCUGAAGGUGUCCGUGUUGAACAAAGCCCAGGGCUCCACAGCAGGCUGCAGGGGAGCCGAUCUGAGCUGCAGUCAUCGAGGAUCGACGCUCUCUUUGGCGACGGAGGCCGACAGCGUCAUCUCUGGAGGGGCAGAGUCUCAGAGACGUUUGUCUUUCAGGGCCGGAUCUGUGUGCUCCAUGGAGUCGUUCCCGAUGCUGAGCAGGGCGUCCAGCAGGAACAUGGAGAGGGAUUGGGAGAACGGCUCCAUAGCCUCGUCCAUCACUUCAACGGAGUACAACGGUCCAAAGCUGUUCAAGGAGCCGAGCUCCAAGUCCAACAAGCCGAUCAUCAUCAAUGCCAUUGCUCACUGCUGCCUGGCUGGAAAGGUUAAUGAGGCCCAGAAGAAUGUUCUACUGGAGGAGCUGGAAAAGUGCGAGUCCAACCACCUGAUCAUCCUCUUGCGCGACGGCGGGUGCCAGUUUCGCGCCAUUUACUCGUACUCCCAGGACACGGAGGAGAUCGCCAAGUUCACGGGCACUGGACCACGCACGAUCGGCCGCAAGAUGAUCGACAAGGUGUACAAAUACAGCUCGGACCGCAAGCAGUUCACCGUCAUCCCCACCAAGAGUGUGUCUGUCAGCGUGGACGCUCUGACCAUCCACAACCACCUCUGGCAGGUCAAGAGACCAGGGAGUGCACGGAGGAAGUGACGGAAAAAACGAAACCACACUUUUUACAGUUUCUGUUCCAUUUUAAUACUGUUGGGCAGGACCCAAUAAUGUUGGAGAUGAAUGACAUGUCACGUGAGAGAGAGGUGGAGGUUAGAUGUUCUCAUCAAUGGAGAUGUCGGUCUGUGGCAGUGCGAGACUAUGAAACACCUGCCAACUGAAUGAGUUCUUUUCUCUUUUUUUUUCUUUUUAUUCUGCAUGUCACACUUUUAUGUUUUGAUCUGUAGGUACGUCCUACAAUGAUUAGGCACUGUUGACGAUGUAGCAGUGAAGAGAACGCGUACCACUGAUACCGAGUGCAACAACAGACAGGCAGAGGUGAACAAUCACUUGAUAUUGUAUGGUAAAGUUUGCUAUUUCAGCUUGGCAAAAAACAAAACAAUUUAACCUACUGCUGUGAUUAAUCCAGGCUCGACAUACAGAGCCCCUGUUUAUUCAUCAGUAAAUACUACUGGUCAGUGCUUUUUAUGAAAGACUUUUUUAAUGUAAGUAUGGGAUGGAUGUUAGUGAGUGGUAAUGUCCAGUCUUGUUUUUCUAUUUCAGUGCGUUUGGGGAAGUGUGUGAGUAUUUGUGUUGCGGACGGGGGAGAGAUGAAUGCAAUGCCUGUGCAUCUAGCUCUGAAUGUUUACGCCCUUGAUUAUGCUUUAAAAACUGUCACGCAACAGAACAACGGAGCAAAGCAACAAAAACUUCUGUUUUUCUUCAGUUUGGGACCUGCUGUUACGUUUUUUUAUGUUUUUUUUUGUGAUUAAGAGAAAGUAUGUUUUGAAAAGGAGGGUGUAUUGUACUGGUAUUUAUUCCAAACAGGAAGCGCUUUUGAGACUCAAUGCAUUAUACCUUAAACAGUGGUGCAUUGUAUUGCAUCGACCUGUAUUCCACAACCUGUAUGGCGCCGUCUGAGAUCCCCCGACCUGCUCACUUUGCUGAACCAAAAUGAACCCAAGCGAUGCCGCUGAGCUGUUUUGCUGCUCAUUAACUGCCCACUGGAUUCCGGUGAGCAUUAUAUUUCCAUGUGGCUCAUGGCAUUCUACACUUGUAAUAUUCCUGUAACGACUGACUGUCAGCGGCUGGUAUAAUGUUGAGAGUGGGGGGGGGGACUGCACAAUACUUGAUAUUUGUUUGCUGCAUUUGUACAUUUUUGAGUAGUAUUUUUUUGUACAUCAUGUACAAGUUACGUUUACUAAAAAGCAGGCACUAUUUUGAGGUUUAUUCUGUCACAGGCUUUCAGAGAUGUUAUCAGUCUUAUUUCAUUGUGUUAUAAUGUUGUUAAUUUAUUUUGAAGAAAUAUAAUAAAAAUGCAACAAGGUACGUUUUCUUGCUAAA